CGAAACUCGCGUAGCGAGGUGGAAAUGAAGGCAAGGUAGAUGGGUUGAAGUUGUCACUAGCAUUUUCUGGAAUAUGGACACUACAAACUGUGACAGUCUCGCGGGCUUUAGCAAUCGCGAUACAACCAACUGGCGCGUGCGUGCAACCACCUUAACACAGUCAAAAAAUCCGAUCAGGAUAAUAGUGGAUGACCUUCUCGGGAAAGAGAACCCACAAAAAGAGUUGAUAUCGCUCGCCCAGGGCGACCCCACCGCGUAUGGGCAUCUCAAACCAUCCGAGGAAGCUGUUUCUGCAGUUGUCCGCGCAUUUUCAAGUGGCAACCACGACGGGUACACGGCGUCGACUGGGUCGGCGGCGUGUCGUGCAGCAAUUGCAGCUGCGCACUCUCACGAUUUUUGUCACCCUUUAUCUCUUCACGACGUUUACGUAACUGCUGGAUGUUCUGAGGCUCUUGAACACUGCAUCGCGGUUUUGGUUGCGCCUGGCAAAAAUAUUCUACUCCCUCGUCCUGGUUUUCCUCUGUAUGAAACUAUAUGUCAGCGCCAUGGUGUUGUUUGUCUUUUUUAUGAUUUAGUGCCAGGCAGAGGGUGGGAGGUGGACCUUUGCAGUAUUCGACGCUUAGCCAAUACGUCGACAGCGGCUAUACUGAUAAACAAUCCGUCUAAUCCAUGCGGAGCGGUAUAUUCCAGGCAACAUCUUGAAGAAAUUGUCGGAAUUUCGAGUGCACUUAAGUUACCAGUGCUUGCUGACGAGGUAUAUGCUGGAAUGACGUUCCGCAAGGAGUUUGUGUCACUUGCUGAGUUUUCUUGCAGUGUACCAAUGUUUAUCGUGGGUGCGCUAUCCAAGCGCUGGUUAGUUCCUGGUUGGCGCUUGGGGUGGGUUUGCGUGCAUGAUAUUCAAGGGAAUCUGCACGGUUCUGGCGUUCGUGCAGCCAUCAACAACCUCUGUCAAAUAUCCCUUGGUCCAAGUGCACCAAUCCAAGCAGCUGUCCCCGCUAUCUUAGCAACCGAUGAUAGUGUAUGGCUUUCUGAAAUCAUGUGUGCACUGAACCGAUGCACGACACUAUCAGAAAAACGUGUGCUGAACAUCGAUGGCCUCUCGAUAGUUUCUCCUCCUGAAGGCGCUAUGUAUUUACUUGUGAAAAUAGAUCUUUGUGCUUUUAGAGGAUGUCUAACUACUUCUCAUUUUGCCGAGAGUCUCCUAUCAGAAGAGUCGGUCUUAGUGUUACCAGGAGAAUGUUUUAGAGCUCCCGGUUUCAUACGCGUUGUGACCACUGUACCAGAGUCACUUAUCCAGGUUGCUUGGGACCGAAUUGAAGCAUUUUGCAAGAGAAGAUUCAAAGGUUGACUGACGCUGCAAGCAGUUGAGUACAUUAAAAGAAAAACAAUCCAUACAAGCAGGACUGCCACGUGUUGAUUCGUAUUCCGGUGGUCAUGAAGGAUUACUACUGAACUCCCCUUUCGUCAAACACACGUUAGAAAGCGUUCUAUAUUUCCUCAUAAACUUCCUGGUUUCAAGGACAUGGAGGUACAACAACUUGCAGAAAGGUUUCAAGCCUCGUUUUCCUAAGUGAGGUAAAUUCGCAUAUGCACAGGCUACUCAUAUGCAUUCCUCGUUCGAACGAAAAUGCCAAAAUAACUGGCUCAAACUUACAAACACAAUCGUAUACUUUACCACCGAAGAGUUUUUCUGCCAGUCGAGAAUUCUUUAUCAUGGCUAGCUUCAAAGUAUCACAGUGAAAAAUGGCGUUGAAAUUUGUAUGAAUAGCGCGACCCAUUCCCUCCAAAACAAUGAGGUCAGCUCCUUCUGCAGCUUUACAAAGUUCUAACGAAACACGUCUGAAAUCAAGACAUGGAGAGCCACUGCCGUUUGCGCAUACAGUAAGAAUUCCUGAAGGUUUUACAAGAGAUGCAUUGUCCGAGGAACGAAGGUGGGCAGAGAGUGCCAAUGUGAGAGUUUUGCAGUUUUCAGCAGCAAGAUGGACAACUUCGCGCAACUCUUGUGCAGUUACGUCAUUGAUUGCAGGAAGAGAGUUCGCUACAAGACACACAUCCGUACCACGUUUAAGUAGUUCACGCGCGAAAGGAAGCAUUCCUAGCACAAUGUCAGCACCGCUAUUAUCGCAAAACAAAAGGGCCUUAUUGUAUUGACACACUCGAAUACCAUUGCCAAAGAACACUGCUCGAAAUUUGUCGAAGCAGUCUACAGCCCACGGUCUUGCGACUGAAGCUCGAGCACGCCUAUAUAUCUCGAGAACAGUACCUUUGUUGUAAAGGUCCACGCAGCUUUGGCUCCCCCAAUCGAAAAUAUUACCAGCUAACACACCUUCAAUAAGAACAAGCAGGCGUUCUUCGUCGAGCAUUCCAUCCAGUUCAGAAAAUAAGUCAGGAAGUACUGCAAGA